GGCCUUUACUGCAGCGUUCUUCACCUUCAUUCGUAAAUACCAAAUUAGCCUCAGUGCGCGAGACUGAUAUCUGCUGCGGUGUGCUGUGAUUUGGUCUGACGGCGAGCUUUGCACUGUUGCACUUGUACCAUGGCAGCUGAGUGUACCAUCUCCACCUCCAUUAACAUUAAAGAGCCACGCUGGGAUCAGGGAACAUUUGUGGGUCGAGCAAAGCAUUUCUUCACUGUCACAGACCCGAGAAACAUCCUCCUGUCUAAUGAACAAUUAGAAAAAGCGCGUCAUAUUAUUCUGGAUUACAAAAAAGGGGUGGUAACACCAGGUCUCACAGAAGACGAGCUAUGGAGGGCCAAGUAUGUUUUCGACUCAGCAUUCCAUCCAGACACUGGCGAGAAAAUGCUCCUGAUUGGUCGCAUGUCUGCUCAGGUCCCCAUGAACAUGACCAUCACUGGAUGCAUGAUGACGUUCUACAGAACGACUCCAGCGGUUCUGUUUUGGCAGUGGAUCAAUCAGUCUUUCAAUGCAAUAGUCAACUACACCAACAGGAGCGGAGAUGCCCCCAUCACAGUAAACCAGCUUGGCACAGCAUAUGUAUCAGCCACUACUGGAGCCGUGGCUACUGCGUUAGGACUUAAUGCAUUAGCAAAGCAUGUGUCUCCGCUCAUAGGACGCUUUGUUCCUUUCGCUGCUGUAGCUGCUGCUAACUGUAUUAAUAUUCCACUCAUGAGACAACGGGAACUCAAACAUGGCAUUCCAGUAACAGAUGAGAACGACAACCGGUUAGGAGAAUCUUCAAAGGCAGCUCAACAGGCCAUCACACAAGUGGUGGUUUCCAGAAUCCUCAUGGCCUCUCCGGGAAUGGCAAUCCCUCCAUUUUUAAUGAACUCUUUGGAAAAGAAGGCCUUCCUCAAGAGGUUUCCGUGGAUGAGUGCACCCAUUCAAGUUGGCUUGGUUGGGUUUUGCCUUGUGUUUGCAACCCCAUUGUGCUGUGCGUUAUUCCCACAAAAGAGUUCAAUGGCAGUGAGCCGUUUGGAAGCCGAGCUGCAGGAGAAGAUUCGAGCCAGUCAUCCUGGAGUAGAGACUGUCUACUUCAACAAAGGACUGUAAAAACAAACGUUGGUGAAUCUGCUCUCUACUGUAAUGGUUUCACGUCCAUCUAAAACAUCUCUUUGUUUGCCAAAGUUCACCCGUUCCUUUCCAGGACGUCCCAACUCAUUUGUCAUUUUGUAAGAUGUUUUUACAGUUUUGACUGUUUUUGCUGAUCUUUGCCAAUCUUUUCGUCUGACGUGUGUGACGGUGCACACUACUCUACAUACAUGUAGCAUUGUUGUUGUUUUUUUCUCAAUAUUUGAAAUAAUUUGGUUUGCUGCCAGAUUAUUCCAUGUGCCAUUCAAUGCCAUUUUCAGUAAGGAUCAAAGAUGGCUGGUGUUGAUCUUGUUUUUCUUUUCCUUGAGUCUGUAUUGCAUUGUUAUUGUCAGUAUUUUGUCUGUAUCUCUUCAUGAGGGUUUGCAGUUUAUGCGUUACUGCCAAAUUACAUUUCAGUUGCAAGCAAAAUCAAGGGACCUCUUAAUGACAACAGUGCAAUCCGUUGAAAACGUUGCCAAAUACAAACCUCUGCUGCGCAUUUCCUUAUACGCAGGUUUAAUAAACCACAGCAUGGGUUUUAAGAAGAGUUUGAUCUAUUUUACUAUCCUCAGUUUUUGAGUUUAACUAGGGUGUUAUACAUGAAUAGUGUGUAUGUUCGUGUAAGUUCUUCUGCCUGCUGACAGUGCAUGAACAAAUUUUGUAAGUGAAAAUAGAGUGAGUUUCAAGUUCAGUGUGUUCUCAUUGACUGUUCCAAAGUCCACUCCUCUGGCAGUUCAAGGUAACACAUUGCUUUUCAAUGCAAACUUAUCAAACCUGCAUCUGUUUUCUGUUUUAUGAAAGGCCAUUUACUUCAGUCUUUUCCAUAUUGCCAUAUUUUGUUACGUUUAAGGUAACACAAGGAUCUCCAUUAAACCUACAGGAAUAAUAUGUAACAUUAAGCUAGUAAGCUAGUAUGAUUUUUUUCCUUUAAUGAAGUACUACACAGCCUUUUACGUAAAUCCUGUUCUUGUUUGCCAUCUACACUACAUGGCCAAAGUACAUGGACAGUUCUUUUGAAUUAACAUGUUUGGCUAUUUCAGUAAUUAAUGCAACUGCAAAAAGACACUCUUUCUAGAAAUUUUUAUUUUAAUAAUCUAAAUUAUUCCAUCAAUUCAUGUCUUGUGAAGUGAAAAGCUGCAUGUUUUUAACUAAACCAUUGCUUAAGGAUGACUUUUUCACUUGAGAAAGCAUUAUUAUGGAUAAAGACUAUUACAAACACACAGAUUUUGGCUUCACCAGACGUAAAUGGAUGUACUGGAGUCAUUUGGAUUACUUUGCAUUAUUGUGGUGUUUUUAUCAGCUCUCAUUCUGACGGCACCCAUUCACUGCAGAGGUUCCUUUGGUGAGCGAGUGAUAAUGCAAAAGUUUUCCAAAUCUGUUCCGAUGAAGAAACAAACUACAUCUUGAAUGGCCUGAGGAGGAGCAAAUGUUCAUUUUUGGGUGAACUAUUCCUUUAAUUGAACUGCAUACAGUGAUAUUCUAGUAUGUUCAACUUUAUGCUCAAAGUCCAUAAAGAACUGACUUGCCACCUUUUUUGAAACAAGAUGAUUGGCCUACACAAAGCCUCAUCCUUUAGGAUGAACUAGAACAUAGACAGUUCCCAUCACAGCGUCCAUGUUCCAAAAGCCAAGGUUGUCCUAGAAGAGUUUGGAGCAAAUGGAUCAAAUCAAAUAAUGCUUUUAGUUUAAAGUGACAUAUGGUUAUGUGUUUGGAUGCCCAUGUAUUUUUUGCUAUUUUUAUGUAUUUUUAGAUUUAUUGAUGUUCAUCUUUGUUAAUUUUCUGUUUAAUUGAAUAAGUCUCCAUGUGGUGAAGUAUUUAAAUAUGUUUAAUAUGUAACCUAUUCAACAGGUUAGGUGUCUGUUGAGCGCUCUGUUCUUUGUUGUUGAUGUGCCACAUUUGUUCAGUUCAUGAAUGUAGUGUUGGCAGUAAUGAAAUCAAACUGAAAUAUGUGUAUUUCCGUGGAUAGACCGCUGGUUCUGUUGGUUGCCACUCUUUGUUUUUGUUUUAAUUGUGACAAAAGCACAACAGUCCUUGUUCUUCAAGAUACCCUGAAGGUUUUCAAUAUUAUGUUUCAUGUAUCUCUGUGAAAGAUGAUGGGUCGUGGGAUGUGUUUAUAAUAAUGUGUUUAAUGUGUCGCAAAUACAUCACUAACAUUUGCAGGGCCUGGGACAAAUGUUUGUUGUCCCCAUCAGUGAAGGCCCUUGGUGCUCAGAUCUUUGAUCAUUCCUAUUCCAUUUGAGAUCUGUGAUAGUUAAAGGAUCUUAUAUAAUUGAACUGAAUUCAUAACUGAUGUUUCAAACAUCUGCUGGUUUGUUCAGGGGAAUCACAACAGCAAUGUAGCCACAAGGAUCUUUAGAAAGGAAUUUACAGCACAUCUCUUAUUUGUAAUCAUUAUAAGGUAGACUUUAUUAUUAUUGGCUACAAAGUGUAAUACAGUGUUGUCCUGGACAAGAAAACAGUCCCUUGUGCGUUGAAUACAUCAGCAUAACACUGUUUGUUUCCUGAUCCCAUAUUAUGUUAUCAAUCAAUAUAGCUCAAGGCAUCUGUAUACUUGGAACAAAACAGCAAUAUUCUGACUCAAUGGUCUGCUCUUCACAUGAACAAGUCGCUCUGAUUUGUAUAAUGAUUUGUUUACAGUGAAUACGAUGGGUGUAUGAUUUUCAAGAUGAAUAUUUAAAAAAUGUUUCUUCUUUUACAGUGCAGCCUUCUGUUUAGAUUACACUGUACUCUGUGGAUUACCUAAAUGAAAUAAAGAGUAUUAAGCAAUGGA